ACUACAGCCCUUCUUCCCUACUCACACAACCCUGCCUACUCAAACACCUCUCCAUGGAUUCAAUUCAUUUGUGCAACUGCAAGCACCCCCAUCAUGCCAAUGGAGGACCUUUUGAGAUUUGUCCCUUCUCGCGCCGCUGUACUGACCAUAUCCCCUGUCGUAAAUCAGAAAUUCUUUAAGCGAAAUCCAGGCCUUACGGAGCAGAUCUGCCUCGAACAGGCCGCCCAAGUCCUUGGCUGCCCCGCCAGCAGCAUCCUUCCUGCAGCUAUCCAGGGCGCAAGCAGUUUCACUGUAGCUAAAUCCGACGCCCGCCCCGGCGACUCGGGCAUCGUCCAGUUCCGCGACCUUUCGUCCCAGCUAAGCAGAGACACCAUCGCCCUAGCCCGCAGGACCUACGGGGGCGUGGUUCCCAAUUGCGAUGCGGUCACGUGCGGGCUCAGCGACAAGGCGCACAUCUAUCUCAUGACGCUCGCCAGCGGUAUCGCCUUCAGCGCGGCCCAGAGGGACCUCUACCAGGACGACGGCGCCGAGCGGCUGAUGGUCACCGUCGCGAACUUUGCCUCUUUCAUCGCGUCCUCGCUGUCGACCACGCGGCAGAACACCGACGACGCCGCCCUUACGCAGGCGUACGAAAAGCUAGCCGCGUGGGAGGCCGCCCUCCCCGCGCGGUUCCAGCCCAAGCUCGCUGAGUUGCGGGCGCGGCUGCCCGUUAUCUUCGGGCGGGAAUUCCCGCAGGUGCUGAACCACGCGGACCUGGUGGAGAUGAACAUACAAGUCGAUGACGCGUCGGGCGGCAUCACCGGCAUUAUCGACUGGGAAAAUGCCAGUUACGGCGCAUUUGGCAUCGCGCUCGCAUCGCUUGAGGUAUUCCUUGGUAUCUGCAGCGGCGAGGGGGUAUGGAUCUGGCACCCCCAACAGAACCGCCUCCGCGCCGUCUUCUACAAGACUCUCUGCGCGGAGCUUGACCGUCAUCCCCAGGCGGGCCACCUGGGCGCGGACGACGUCGAGGCCGCGAGGGUGUUUGGGCUCUUUGUCAUGUACGGGUCCUGGGCUACUGCGCGGCCCGACGGCCAUGACGACGGCGCCGCGCUAGCUGCUGCGUGCCUCGAGGCGGGCCUGGGGGAGGGGACCACCGCCCAACCUUUUUUCCAGCAGCAUUGGGGCAUUGACCGCGGUGGCCACGGGUAGGUGAAGGGGCUGAUCCGAGGUCUCAUCCAUGCAGUAGAGACGUCGUCCGCUGGGCCACUUUGUGAGCGAUUUGCCGUCACAGAGCAAGAGAUAGUGCCUUACGGUGAGGAGCGACUCAUAGCGGCAAUCGAGAAGCUCAUAGAUGCGAAAGGCGCGCCAAACAACCCGUCUUCGGAAA